CUCAAUUUGACAGUUUAUACUAUUCGGCGUUAGGAAAACAAUUGAAAAAAAUUUAAUUUUUAAUAAGUUAAUUUGUGGUUUUGCGGUGUUUAUCCAAGUUUACUUGUUAAUCAAUAUUUAUGUAAGUAUUAUUUUUAUUAUUAUUAUAUUUUAGGUACGUUCUUACAAUAUGCGGUAAAAGCUAUCGGACAUUGCAAGAACAGGCCUUAAUAAUUAUAUAUGGGCAAUAAAAUAUUCCUACAAACAAAUAUUUAAAAAUGAUAAUACCAGAAAGUGCCCCAUAGUUUGGUGAAUGCACAUAUCUCAGAUUGUGAUUUAAUAUAUGGGGCGGUGUUAUUUUUACAUAAACAUAGAGUACUAAGAUGGUGGGAUAAAGUAGAAAUUGUCAUUAAUAUAUCAUAAGUAAACAAUUUUUAUCGUACAUGUGAAAUUGUAAACAAUAAAGUUAUUAAGAAAAUAAACUGGUUACUGGUUAGGUAUAUUAUGGGGGAUUGAAUUUGUUUACUGUAGAAUAACACUGCUAGUGAUUUGGUAUGGUAUUAUUGUUUUAAAGUAUUUGAUACAAGUAAUUUACAAAUUCAAUUUUUUUUUUUUUUUAUUUAUUAAAUUUAUAUUAGAAGUGAAAUGGAGACCUUAAUAGAACAACAACGUCGCUACCACGAAGAACGGGAACGUUUAGUUGAUUCUAUGGUCAAAGAGAUGUUGUGGAAGAAACCUACAACCAGAGAUGUGAUUAAUUCUGAACAUCGCCUUAAGUUGUUGCUUGAUCAGUAUAUGGAAGGAACUAAUAAACUAAAAGAGUUUUAUGAAGAUAAAGAUGGCCUACGUAAAGAGGAAAUAUCAUCGAUAUCUGGGCCAAAUGAGUUUGCUGAAUUUUAUUUUCGUUUAAAAAACAUUAAAGAUUUUCAUAAGAAACAUCCCAAUGAAAUAUCCGUACCAUUAUCCGUUGAAUUUGAAGAUUUAAAUAAUCUUCGUGAAAAUCCUUCAGAAGAAAUGAACAAUAUGGUAGAUUUUACUGACGAAGAAGGUUAUGGAAGGUAUUUAGAUUUACACGAGUGCUAUGAAAGGUAUAUAAAUUUAAAAGGAGUUGAAAAAGUUGAUUAUAUUACAUAUUUAUCCAUAUUUGAUAAUUUGUUUGACAUACCUAAAGACCGUAAAAAUUCCGAGUACAGGAAAUAUAUUGAAACAUUGUUGGAAUACUUGCAUGGUUACUAUUUACGAAUAAAGCCUUUACAUGAUAUAGAUAGUGAAUUGGAUACUGUUCGAAAUGAAUUUAUUAAUCAAUGGGAUGAAGGCACUUUUCCAGGCUGGCCAAAGGAUACUAGUAGUGCUUUAGCUAAUGUUGGAGCACACUUGGAUUUAUAUGCUUUUUCAUCUUGGGAAGAAUUAGCCUCUCUCGGUCUUGAUCGUUUGAAGUCAGCUUUAAUGGCUUUGGGAUUGAAAUGUGGCGGGACACUUGAAGAAAGAGCCCAACGGUUAUUUUCAACCAAAGGAAAAACUUCAUUUGAUUCUUCAUUAUUAGCUAAAGGUAAACCUGGAAAAGUUAUCCGUACCAAGGAACAAGAUAGACAAAAAGAGUUAGCAAUAAUUGAGUCCCAAGUUUACAAGUUUUGUGAACUUCUUUCGGAACAGAGAGCAGCAACAAAAGAGAAUGUUCAAAGGAGACAAGCUCGUACGGAAGGAGAGCGUGAUGACUCAGAAAAUGAGGCUAGUGCAUCAGAAUCAGAAGAAGAACAAGGCGAGGAUAUACCUUAUAAUCCAAAAAAUUUACCUCUUGGUUGGGAUGGAAAGCCAAUUCCAUAUUGGUUAUAUAAGUUACACGGAUUAAAUAUUAGUUAUAAUUGUGAGAUCUGUGGUAAUUUUACAUAUAAAGGUCCUAAAGCUUUUCAACGACAUUUUGCUGAAUGGAGACAUGCACAUGGUAUGCGAUGUUUAGGUAUACCAAAUACUGCACAUUUUGCCAAUGUCACACAAAUUGAAGAUGCUCUUGCACUAUGGGAAAAGUUAAAAACCAUGAAACAUGAUGAACGGUGGCAACCAGAGAAUGAAGAAGAAUUUGAAGAUUCUCAAGGCAAUGUUGUGACAAAAAAAACUUAUGAAGAUCUCAAGAGACAAGGGUUAUUGUAAAUAAUUUAUAUAAUUUAUUGUACUACUACUGCUAUAUAAUAAAUCUAAAAUAUAACUAAAUUUGAAUGUAUCCAUUACUAUUUGUAAUAUUAAUUAUGUUUAAAAAAAUAUAUGAAUUUGAAUAAAUAAUUUUGUAGG